AUGUCGGACACCCUUCCCUUCUACGUCUACAAACUCAUCCCAUCCACAUCUCCCGUCCGAGAACCGCUUCCUGAGCGUCUUCCCGUCAGCCAACUCGACCAUGAUUCAGGAUUCAUCCAUCUGUCGACGGCAGCGCAAGUUCCCAAAACACUAAAAUUCUUCUACAAGGAGGAGCCGCUCGUCUACGUACUGCGCAUAGAAUAUGAACGUAUCAUGCCCGACGUCCGCUGGGAAUCCCCAGAAGGAGAUGUGUGUGGGCCACGGCCUGGUGAAGGGCUUUUCCCGCACCUCUACAAUGGGCUGAAGCUGGGGAAGGAUGAGGUUGAAAGUCUUGCUGUAUGGACGAAUGAGGAAGGGUGGGACAAGGCGCUUGCACAGGCAAGCCCAUGGCUUCUGUAUUAA